ACUAGCUAUAACCCCAGCCCCCUAUAUGAUCCAUUUUCUUUGUUGUAUUAGCAUAUUAUUAUAUGUCAUCUAAAAUUUUCAAGGAGUUUCCCUAGAAUUUGAAAUAUGCCUUUACAAUUAAUCUAAAUCCACUUUCAAAUAACACUCCACUGUUUCAUGACACAUGAGUAUGGUCCCAAUUCCUCCUUCCUGUCCCAUAUAAUCAAUUACUGCCAUUCACCUGAUAUCUCAGUACCUAUAACCACCCAGUACACUGUCAAUAUUAUCAUUCUGCACAAGUAUCCAUCUAUUAUAAUGAUCAGAUAAGAAUAAGGAAAGUAGAUAUUUUGUGGUACCCCAUUUUUCUUUUUUCUAACAUUCUUUUCUUUAGGUGAUCCCAGUUCAUAACUUGUACCAUUUUCCUUUUCAGUGAAGAAUUUUAAACAAUUCCUGCAAGACACAAUUAAUUUCAUACUUAUUUUUCUCUUUCUCAGCUGCAUAAUUUCCACUGACUUGUCUUCAUCUUAGCCGAUUCAUUUUUCUGCUUACAUAAAUCUGCUUUUGUACACCGCUGCAGUCUGUGUAUGAUUUUGAGUGUGUCCCAAGUGUUCGUUUGUUGGGAACCUGGGCUCCAGUGAGGAGACACUAGGGGUGAUUCAAGCUGCAUGUUAUGCAUAUACUCACUGACCAGAGGCCUAUUCUUCCUAUUUGGGUGAGACUGUACUGCAUAGUUCAGUCUUAGUCGAGUUGGGGGAGAAUGCAUGCACAGACACAGAGGAAGAGUCUGGUUAAGAAGUCAGAGAAUGGGUGAGUGGAGUCUGAUGCAGCCUGUAACUGUCUUAUGAACUGAGCACGGAUCACCACUCUGUGAGCCUCGUCCUUCCUUUUGGAAACAUGUGGGAUGUUUCAGGACCCACUGACCUUUGAGGAUGUGGCUGUGAACUUCACCCAGGAGGAGUGGGCUUUGCUGAAGUCUUCCCAGAAGAAACUCUACAGAGAUGUGAUGCAGGAAACCCUCAAGAACUGGUCCUUUGUAGGGAAAACAUGGGAACAUCAGAACAUGGAAGAUCAGUACAAAAAUCCAAAGAGAAAUCUAAGAAGUCAAGUGGCAGAGAGAUUCCGUGAGCAUAAAGAAGGAAAAACCUUCAGCCAGAUUCCAGAUCAUAUUGUGGCCAAGAAAACUCCUAGACCCAAAGCAAGUGGAAGCCACGUGGCUGGAGGAGUGGCCAUUGGUCAUUCAUCAUUUAAGAGGUCUAGACGCAGACCGUUUGAGUAUCAGGAAUACAGAGACAAACCCUAUGAAUGCCAAGGGUGUGAUAAGGCCUUUAGGCUGCCCAGUUACCUUCGAAAACAUGAAAGGAUACACACUAGAGAGAAACCCUACCAACAUGAGCAGUGUGGGAGAAAGUUCACUCAUCCCCAUCACGCUGAAAGACACACAGGUGGCAAAGGAUUUCCUUAUCCCAGUUUCCUUCGAAAUCAUAAAGCAAGUCACAUGAGAGAGGAAACACAUGAACGCCAGCAGUGUGGGAAAAACUUACUGAAUUCCAGUUCCCUUCACAUACAUAAAAGGAUUCGCAGUGGACAGAAGCCCUAUAAAUGUAAGCUAUGUGAUAAGACCUUCCGACAUCCCAGUCACCUUCGAAUACACGAACGAACUCACACUGGAGAGAAACCCUACGAAUGUAAGAAGUGUGGCAGAACGUUCACUUAUUCCCACUCAGUUCGAAGGCACAUGGCAACUCACAGCGGAGAGUGGAAUUACAAAUGCAAGGUGUGCGAUCAAGGUUUUUUUUAUCCUAGUUCUCUUCGAAUCCAUGAACUCACUCACAAUGGAGAGCAACCUUAUGAAUGUAAAGAGUGUGGUAAGACCUUUAAAUACGCUGCUUCCUUUCGAAACCAUGAAACCACUCACACAGGGAAGAAGCCGUAUAAAUGUAAGCAGUGUGGGAAAGCCUUCAGUUGUCUUACUUACUUUCGAAGUCACAUGAGAACACACGGCGAGCAGAAGAAGCCUUAUGACUGUCAGGAAUGUGGGAAAACAUUUGUCUGUUUCGACAGCGUUCGAAAACACAUGCUCUUACACAGAACAGUGGAGAUGGACGGACUUAACAAAUGUAAGCAAUGUGGGCUAGCCUUCAGGCGUUCCAGCUCCUUGUAUAAACAUGAAAGGACUCACAGUGGAGAAUAGCCUUAUGAUUGUGACAUGCUUAUGUAUUCAGUCAUUUCGGUUAGAAGUACAUGAAAAAAAAUCAAUAUGGUACUACCCAAGCAUUAAAGACUUUUACUGGGACAAAUUCUGUAUAUAGAAUGUGGGACAUUUUUUUCACACAACCCUACUGGCCCAUGUGAGAAGACCAGAGAAAGAAAGCCUACAAUAUUAUCAGCCUGGGAAAGCUUCUCUCUCAUUCUCCAAGUUGAACUUGAAGUGAUGGAAGAACACAUUUAAACAAUUUAAACAAAUGUGGAAAAAUCAUCCAUUGGCCCGCAACUUACAACAUGUAAAAAAUGCACACCUCAUCCAAACCCUGUAAAUGUGAGAAAUAUUUGAAAAUUUUUUCAGUGUUAAUAAACACUGUCUAGUGAAAACUC